UCUCAAUCCAUAUUUCUUCACUAUGAGUCCUUUUUCUUACUUAUCGUUGUUUCCCUGCUUCCUUCUUUUUGCCCAUUUCUUCACCUUAAGCAACGCAGCUACUUUCGAAAUCAGAAACCAAUGCCCUUACACUGUCUGGGCCGCGGCUGUUCCCGGUGGCGGCCGAAGACUCGACCCAGGCCAAUCAUGGACCAUUACACCGCAAAUUUCAUCAAGCAACGGAGCUACUUUCGAAAUCCGAAACCAAUGCGCUUACACUGUUUGGGCCGCGGCUGUUCCCGGUGGUGGCCGAAGACUCGACCCAGGCCAAUCAUGGACGAUCACCGCGAAUGCCGGAACAACACAAGCCCGUAUUUGGGGACGGACCAAGUGCAAUUUCGAUAGGGCCGGGCGAGGGAAGUGCGAGACAGGUGAUUGCAAUGGGCUCUUGCAAUGCCAAGCCUUCGGGCAACCCCCAAACACACUGGCUGAAUAUGCCUUGAACCAAUUCAACAACGUGGAUUUCUUUGACAUAUCUCUUGUUGAUGGGUUUAAUGUUCCUAUGGACUUCAGUCCAGUAUCAGGCAACUGCCGCGGAAUUAGGUGCGCAGCUGAUAUCAAUGGACAGUGCCCAGAUCCGCUCAGGGCCAGCGGAGGCUGCAACAAUCCUUGCACUGUCUUCAAGACAGAUCAAUACUGUUGCAAUUCUGGCACCUGUAGCCCAACAGAUUACUCUAAGUUUUUCAAGCAGUGGUGCCCUGACGCUUAUAGUUAUCCUAAAGAUGACCAGACAAGCACCUUCACCUGUCCCGGUGGAACUAAUUACAGGGUUGUAUUCUGCCCUUGAAGCAGUUUUAAGCCAGGAAUUUAAUGGUGUAAAAUGAGAAUAAGGAACUUCGCUUGAUUCACUUCUCACGGUCUGAAUUGCUGCCAAGGUCACAUGCUUUAUUAUAAUGAAAAUUUACUACAAAAUUAACA